AUUUAAAAUAUUUUCUAGUCAUAUAGAAUUACUUAAAGUAUUUUGAAUUCAUAUAUAAAAAUUAUGUUGAUUGUGCUUGUUUUUUUAAAGAUAUCAUGUAUGAAUUUGUUGUAUACGAAUUUUGAUUAAUUUAGUAUAUACACUUAAAGGAAUUUGUCAGGCAUGAGUUUGUUGUUUUUUCUAUUUCAGUUUGGGUCAUGCUCAAAUGCAAACCAUAAUUAAUUCUCAUGUCUCCCCUCUGGGCCAGAAAGUUUAGACUCCAAACAUCUGAGUUCAGAUUAUGCCACACAGAGAAUAAAUAUACACAUGGUCUACAGAGAGCUUCUGGUUUCCGUAAAACAUUUUUGGUUUUGUGGUAGUUCUUUCGUGCAGUGUGUCUUUCACAUAGAGUUGACGUAAUGAAGUGAGUUACAGAAUUUCAGUUUUUAUCCCAAAUUUUCUGAGUAUUAAUGUGUCUAGAAUUUUUGGAUGGAUAAAUAGCCUCUUCCUUUUUAAGCUGCAUAACCUUAUUCCCAAAGUCUAGUUUCUGAAUGGUAAAUUGGGACAGGUUUGGAAAUAAAGUUAAGGUUAGACUAACCAUGGGUACUGGUUGCUUGAUGAGUAAGUGGAGGAUUCCCUUAGAUUGGAGGGGGUGAAGGCGGGAUGAGGAGGUGAGGUGAUGAUACGGAGGAAUGGCCGUGAGCCUUUGCCAAAAUUUGUGAGCAAAUUCAAAAUUAAUUACCUUAAUUCAAAAUUAUAUUACCUUACAUUUUUGAACUUUUGGGUAAUGGUGGCACUGUUUUCUGACAGAUUCCUUUUAAACUAAAGAAUAAAGCCUUUUGGAAGCUUUUCCACCAGGGCGGAGGCCCACCUUCCAUACCCAGUGGAAUGACAAUAUAAGUGUGCUUUUAGAUUAAGCUCUUCUUACAUUCUCUAUAAAUGAUCUCUGUUGAUGUAUGUGUGGAUCCUUGACAAUAUGGUAUCAAAUUGUGAUUUUUUGGUGAAAUUGACAAUUUAAAAUGUAACUUUUAGGAGCUCACUAUGUAAAGGAGUUCUCUGGUAAAUAUUUUUUUGAAAAUAAGACAUUUUAAAGUAACUAUUUGCCCCAAGUCUGUUUUUUCUGUAAAUCCAUAUUUUUCUAUUUUAGAGUUUCUAUAAAGCCAAUAUAAUAGCGUGUGCGUAUGUGUGUGCGGUGGUGGUGGUGGUGUGUGUGUGUAUUUUGAAUUUUUUUUCUCAUAAGUUAAGUGUGCCAGAAUUUUUGUUCCACGGUUCAGAAAUAAAAUAGACAACUUUCAGAAGGCUCACUGUAUGUGUGGUACUGUGUGGAAGUAGGAAGAAACACAUUUUAUAGCCAUAUGCAAAGAAGUGAAAUUUCUAAAAUCUUAUCAGGGAGUUUUACAAUGAGUAUGUUUUCAAUGAUAAAUUUGUACCUUUUUCCCAAAGAACAGAACCAUUGAUUGUUUCAUUUUUCUAUAGUUCAUAUAUUGCCACUAAAACAUUUCUCUGUUUUUAGAUAAUACUUUAUAAACGUAUAGAUGGUAUUCCAAAAGACACACAACUUUAACAUGCUACUUAGACAUCAAGAGGAGUACUAAGAGGAUCACAUGAGUGGCGCAGUUGGUUGUAUCUGAUUCCUGAUUUUGGCUCAGAUCAUGAUCUCAUGAUUCCUGAGAUCGGCCCUGCAUUGGGCUCUGCACUGACAGCACAGAAUCUGCUCGGGCUUCUCUCUCCCUCUCUCUGCCCCUCCCCCACACUCACGUGCAUGCUCUCUCAAAAUAAAUAAACAUUUUACAAAAAUUAAGAAAAGAGGAAUACUAAGAAAACUUUAGUGUGAGCAAAGGAGAUGGCUCCAGAGAAAUUCAAGAUAUGACACCUUCAAAAUUAGUUUAUGUAUGUACUCUAGAGAGAAUGUGUGGCUUAAGUUCUUAUCACAUUAAUAGAUAAACUAAUUAAAUUAGUUGAUGAGGUAGGAAGCUAUUUUGGAUGUUGUCACCUAUGGUGAUUUUUAUAAACAUUUACAUAUUUGCAAAUAUAGGUAUAUUUAGUAAACUGUGAAGAACGCAUAUGUUUUCAGUUCAUGGGAGAAUGAAUUCUUUUGGAUUUGGAAAAGAGAAUUUAUUUUACUGUCAGCACAGUUCAUGAAGCGUAACCAUAUUGCACUUAAUGACAUCAUCAUGGCACUGAAGGGGUUGUCAUCCAAUAGAAAAUGGUUCUUGAUGAUUCAAGAAUAGAUUUAUCUUUUUUUUUUUUUUUUUUUUUCUUGGAAUGCUCUUUCUCCCACGGGGUUUCCAUGUUAUCCAUGUGGUUUCCUUUCAUUUUUUUUCAGGUCUCUGUUGAAAUGUCAUCUUUUAAGGGUGGCAUUGCCUGACAGUUUUAUCUGAACUAAUAACCCUCACAUUCAGUCAUUCCUCAGCCUUGGGUUCCUCUUACCUUUUUUUGUAACACAUGCUGCCAUCUGACAUAUUACAUAUUUGCUUGUCUCACCCACUAGACUGUAAUCUCCAUAGAGGAGGGAGUUUGUGCUUGGCUGUACCCCUAGAGUGCAGAACAGUAAGCUCCCAACAGUAAGUUGUUGAGUGAUUUAUGAAUGGGGUUUCCUCUAAAAGUGACUAUUGACUUAGUUUAAGAUUUUCACUACUGUCUUUGUUUAUCAACAGUGUUCUGAUUUAACAAUGAUUAUUUUGGCUACUAAAUCAUUUUGAAUAUUGAUCUUUCCUUUCAUUGCUAAUUUUAUACUAAAAUUAACAGUAUUCUCUUUGCUAAUAAAAAGGGCAAGGUUACAGGCAAAUAGACAUAAUUAGACAGAAUUGAUAGUUCAAAGUUAAUUUUGGUCUUGGAAUGUAUUAUGUGAUUUUUUUGAGGGGUGUGGAAGACAUCAGAUCAGUUUUAUUUCAUUAUAUUUUCUUUAGGCAACACAUUAAAAUUUGUCUUCAUUUUGUGAGCUCAUGCCCGGUGCCUAGAAGUGAGAAAAAUAGUAAACUAAAUUUUUGGAAUCUGUUUUGUCAAAGACGGGCCUUCAGUGAUAUGGAUUCCAACAUACUAAAGUACUUAGAAAUACCUCAGGCCUCCAGAGGUUAUAGAAACCUUAAUAGGAGUCAGAGGCUGUCAUUUGGGUACAGUUUUGCUGGCAAGUGAGAUAUCUAUUGUUUUAACAUACUGACCCUGGUAUAGUUAUCUAAAAAGUUGACUUCUUGCAAAAUAUUGCAGCCUUUAACUUACUCUCAGAAGUCAGUGCCAAGAAAUAAAUACAGGCACUCAGAAAAGUGCAUUUACAUAUGCAUAUGUACACCCUCACGUAUGAGCUGAGAGGAGCUACAUCAAUGACUUGGCAAAGCAGUUAUUGCCUAUAGACUGUGGCCUCUGGUGGAAAAUAUCUCUUACCCAAGAUCAUCGUCUCAUUCUACUUUUCCUCUUGCCUUUCUUCUGGCCACAUCCAUCCACCGUUUGUGUGACUAUUCAUGUACAACAUCUGGUAUGCAAUUUAAAAUAGAUCUUACGUAAGAUAAUAUUCUGGCUUCAACCCUUUUGAAGGGUAUUGCCUUUAGUACUUCCCUACAGUUAUAUCUUAAUGCCAUUAUUGAUAUUCUCCACUGGUUGUUAACAUGACUGAUAAUUUGGGAGGAUGCAUUUUUCUUAAUUCCUGCAAUUUUUGGCAUAGUUCUUUCUGUCAUUUUUAGCUUUCUCUGGUGACCUUUCUCUUUUAAGAAUAUUUUUGUCCACAUUUUCAGUUGAUAUCUAUUUUCCUUUUGUUUUAGUUGAAUACUUAAAAUAUAAUUUUAAGUAUUUGUUAAUUCUCAAGAAGCAUUAUGGAAGAGCAGUUAAGAGCAAAUGCUUUGGAACCUACCUAGAUUUGAAUCCCAGCUCAUUGUUCAGUACCUGUGUGACCUUGGAAAAUUAUUUCACCAUUUAUCAAAUGUGGAAAUUAAUGGUAUCUACAUUGUAGGAUUGUUACAAAGAUUCAAUAAGUUAACUCAUGUAAACUUCCCAGAAUAGUACCUGGCACAUAGUGAAUAUUCAGUAAAUAUUAGUUAUUGUUAUUCUUUCCUACAACAAAAUAUUUGUUCAUUAUCUUAUGUAACACCAUUGCACUGGUUUAGCAUUUCAGUAAGCAAAGGUCAAGUUACCUUGAAUAAAUUAUUCUAUAACCACACAAUGGAAUAUUAGGCAACUAUUAAAAAGAUGAGAUGGAUCCACAUAUACUGACCAGAAAAGCUAUUAAUGAUGUUUUUAGAUGGUAACUUACAGUUUCACAUUCCUAUCAGAAUUUAAUGUUUAAAAACUAUAUUAUAUGAAGACACGUCUUUGUAAAUCUUAAGAAAAUACUGGAUACAUACCUUGGAUGAAUGGAUAGAGAGGAAACUUGAGCUCUUGAAUCUCCUAUUUUAUAUGAUUUUAAAAGUGUGGGAUUAUGGGAAUACACACACACACACACACACACACACACACUUUUUGUGCAUUUCAGUGUUUUUAAAACAUUAAAACAAAAUUUCUUUCUUUGCUUCUGUUGGAUAGUCUAUAGAAUUCUAGUUUCAAAAACAGAUUUCUAAGAGUAAAGGUAAUGCAGGAAGAGUUUUAUUUAUCAAGUGACAAAAUAACAAUAUCUUCAAUUAUUUCCUUGUAAGAAUAGAGUAAAAAGAAAUGUGUUUGUUGGUCAUAUGUGCCCACUGACACACAGGUGUGUACAGCCUGUGUGCACACAGCCUUAAAAUGACUGAGUUACUCUAGAAAAGGACAGGAAGGCAAAAUAAAAAUAAGGCCAAAGGAAUGGGAUAAGUGAAAUAUAUGUAGAUAAUAUAUUCCUAGAGCUGUGGUUUUCACAUAUGAAUAACAGUUGCAACAUAACUAAUAAUGUAAUUGCUGAUGUUUGUGAGCUCACUGUGUGCCACGCAGUGUUUUAAGCACUUGCACUGUUAUUUUACUGUUAAUAAAUGGGUAUACUUGUGGGUGUAUUAAUAUGCCCAGAAUGUGUAUGCAAUAGUAUACAUAUUUUCACGUAAUUGUGAUUGAGUUUACAACCUCUGAUCUGUCAGUUUUCCAUAAGUGUAGAGAAAAAACAAUGAGUUCUGUAGUUAUUUUUAAAGGUAGUUUAUUUUUCUCAUUUCUGAUAUUCUUAAUUCCCUUGAAAAGUUUAAUUGCUGCAUAAAACCAAGAAUCUUGAUCUUCAUGAUAUCUUUGUGGUUAGUUGCUGUAAAGCCAAUAUUUAGAUUUCUUUGAGGUCCUUGUUAGUGCUUGGUAUUACAGGUUGAAGAUCUUGUCAGGAAGGUGAAUAUAUAUGUGGCUCUUGGUCUUGUCCAUGUUGUGACAAAGGAAUUCCCCUUUGAAUCGCCUGCUCCCCUGAAGCCCCUGGAGCCUCUGGCUCAAGCAGCGCAGUCCGUCUGUGCAGUGUCUCUGACGUCAUCGGUGUAUGCAUAAGCCCUGCUAUUGUCUUACUGCUACGGCAGGGCUGGGGAUUGCAGUAGCCGCUGUUGCUGCUGCUUCCAGUCGUGCCCCUGCUGCUACCUAGUCCUGCCUCACUGCAUCCCAGAAGAGCCACGUUGGCUUGCCUUCCCCUAUUGGAUUUUCACAAGCAGCUCUUCGGGUGUUUGUGCUGUAGGAGACCUUGCUUUUCAAUCACACGGGAGAACACUGAAGCUUGUAAGAGGAGAAUCUGGCAGCUGGACACAGCUUGGACUGCAUUGUGUGUCUUCAUGACCCCUGCUGUGUAGUGGCUCAUCUUUUCACUCUCCCGCGUACACUCUCCUCGAUUUUAUUUCCUUCCCUUUUUUUUUUCUUUCUUCUGAUUUUUUUAAAGCAGCCUCUGGAGCCAGCCAUGUUUGGCACUGAAUCUUCAUUGAGCAUGUUUUUGAACACAUUAACACCGAAGUUCUACGUGGCCCUGACAGGCACUUCCUCACUAAUAUCAGGGCUCAUUUUGAUAUUUGAAUGGUGGUAUUUUCGCAAGUAUGGAACAUCAUUCAUUGAACAAGUGUCAGUAAGCCACUUGCGCCCCCUCCUGGGAGGGGUUGACAACAACUCCUCCAACAAUUCUAACUCCAGUAAUGGGGACUCAGAUUCCAACAGGCAAAGUGUCUCAGAAUGCAAAGUAUGGCGAAAUCCACUAAAUUUAUUUAGGGGCGCUGAAUAUAAUCGGUACACUUGGGUGACAGGACGAGAGCCUCUGACUUACUAUGACAUGAAUCUCUCUGCCCAGGACCACCAGACGUUCUUUACUUGUGACUCAGACCACCUGCGUCCUGCAGAUGCAAUAAUGCAGAAAGCCUGGAGAGAGAGAAACCCCCAAGCUAGGAUUUCUGCAGCUCAUGAAGCCUUAGAGAUAAAUGAAAUUAGGUCCAGAGUUGAAGUUCCCCUAAUUGCUUCCUCUACCAUCUGGGAGAUAAAAUUGUUACCAAAGUGUGCAACUGCUUAUAUUCUCUUGGCUGAAGAGGAAGCAACAACCAUUGCUGAAGCAGAAAAGCUGUUUAAGCAGGCCCUGAAGGCUGGAGAUGGCUGUUACCGGCGUUCUCAGCAGCUACAGCAUCACGGAUCCCAGUAUGAAGCCCAACAUAGACGAGAUACCAACGUCUUGGUCUACAUCAAAAGAAGGCUAGCAAUGUGUGCCAGAAGACUCGGGAGGACCAGGGAAGCAGUGAAAAUGAUGAGAGAUUUGAUGAAGGAGUUCCCCUUGCUGAGCAUGUUCAACAUCCAUGAAAACCUUCUAGAAGCACUUCUGGAACUACAAGCAUAUGCUGAUGUUCAGGCAGUCUUAGCAAAGUAUGAUGAUAUAAGCUUACCAAAGUCGGCAACAAUUUGCUAUACAGCUGCCUUGCUCAAAGCAAGAGCUGUCUCUGACAAAUUCUCUCCCGAGGCUGCAUCUCGGCGGGGGCUGAGCACAGCAGAGAUGAACGCAGUAGAGGCCAUUCAUAGAGCUGUGGAAUUCAACCCUCACGUGCCAAAAUACCUACUAGAAAUGAAAAGCUUAAUUCUACCCCCAGAACAUAUCCUGAAGCGAGGGGACAGUGAAGCAAUAGCAUAUGCGUUCUUUCAUCUGGCGCACUGGAAGAGGGUGGAAGGGGCUUUGAAUCUUUUGCAUUGUACGUGGGAAGGCACUUUUCGGAUGAUCCCUUAUCCCUUGGAAAAGGGACAUCUGUUUUAUCCUUACCCAAUCUGUACAGAAACAGCAGAUCGAGAGCUGCUUCCAUCUUUCCAUGAAGUCUCAGUUUACCCAAAGAAGGAGCUUCCCUUCUUCAUCCUCUUCACUGCCGGAUUGUGUUCCUUCACAGCCAUGCUGGCCCUCUUGACACAUCAGUUCCCGGAACUCAUGGGGGUCUUUGCAAAAGCUAUGAUUGACAUUUUCUGCUCGGCAGAGUUCAGGGACUGGAAUUGCAAGAGCAUUUUCAUGCGUGUUGAAGAUGAACUGGAAAUUCCACCGGCACCUCAAUCUCAACAUUUCCAAAACUGAACUCAUCACCCUCUUCCCCCACCACCAAAACCACCCCUCCUCCUGUAUUCCUGACCUCUGCCAUUGCCUCUGCCAUCCACCCAGUUACUCAAGCCAGAAGCGCCGCAGCCCUCCCAGGCUCCUCUCUCACUCUCCACACCCUACCUGUCUCAGCUCCCAGUCUGUCGGAUCUAACCUCCAAUGCUACUAGGCGUUCAGUAAAUGUAAUUCAUCCCUUCUUAGCCCCUUCUUUCCCCAUAGCAUCUCUCUCAGUUUAGGUCUUGUUAUUUCUUGCUUGGACUCCUCUGCCAGAGUCUUAACUGGUCUCCUUGCUUCCGGUUCCAUCCCCUGCCAGUCCUUCUCUCGUACUGACACAAGAAUGAUCUUUCUAAAUUGCAAGUCUGAGCAUGUCACUUCCCUGCUUGAAUUUCUCCAAAGGUUUCCCACCAACUUCAGAAUAAGUCCCAGAUCUUUAGCAAGGCAUGCAAGGUCCUUUACAGUCAUGCCUUGCUUGCCUCUUCGGCCUCAUCUCUCCCACCUCUUGCAUAGACAUUGCUGUUAGACCAUAGUGACUCACCACUCCCAGAUGCACAGGCUCUUGUACACCUCAGUGCCUUUGCACGUGCCUUUUGCUCUGCAUGGAAUGCCCUUCCCCAUCACCACCUUGGCUUGUCCACUCUACUAACUCCUCUUCACUCUUUUACACUCAGCUUUCUUUCUAAGUUUCUCCCAAGCUGAGUUAGAGGUCUUUCCUCCGUGAUCCCACAGUAUUCUAUGAAUACCUAUAUUAUCACACUUAUUGUACUAUAAUUGUUAAAAACUUGUCCGUCCCCCUUUUAGAAUGUGAGCUCCUUGAGAGCAGGACUGUGUCUUCCUCAUCUCUGUAUCCCCAAAGCUUUGCACAGUGCCUUGCACGUAGUAGGUUUUCAAUAAAUGAUUAUUAAAUAAAUAAAUGGUAGUGGUUUCUGCAGAAAGAAUCACUGUAAAAAUCAGAUACAGUUUAGCAUUUCUCCUCUUCUUUUGUAAUUAUAAUCAUGGACUCUUAGAGUUGAAAGGGACCUUAAACUGCCUUCAAGAGUAAUGGGAUGGAGGUCAUUUAGACUCUUCUUGAAUGCUCUCAGUGAUGGGGAACUUGCCUACUUAACAUCAAAGCCCAUUUCAUUGUUGGAUCACUCAGAAGUCUUCUUUAUAUAAAAUAUGCCUUCCUCUAAUAUCCACCUGUUGUUCCUAUCUACCCUCCAAAACUAUACUCAACAAGUCUCCUUCUUGCAAAUUCUUAUGGCAGCUAAUACAUUCGUGGCGACCUCUGACCUCUGACUCUUGGUAAAACAUCACAAAUUUCCUUAAGUCUUCUGUAUAUAACAUGAUUUUUAAACCCAGAACGCCCCAUGUUGGAUGUUCCCUAGUUUAUGGACCUCCACUAUUCAUUAUUAUACUCCCAAGCCAACCUCUGAGUAAAAAUAGUUGCCAAAAUUCUGAAUAGACUAGAGUUUAACUUAGCAAAAUUUAAAGUAGGAAUAUAUUUACAAUAGUAGACAGUUAUAUUUCCUCCUUUUAUGUUCCUCUCUUAAACAUUUUUUAGAGCAUUUUUGUAAAAAUAUGUCAUUGUUCCAGUAUUUUUCAGUAAACAAAUAGCAGUUGGUGGGAUUUUGGAUCAGAAUAGAGAUUUUCACCCUCUAGUGUGAAAAAAAAUUCACUUGGCCCCACCACCAGAAACUCAGAAUAUUGAGUGCUAGCACCCAGAAGUCUGUGUUUUUAACAAGGAUUCCAGCAGAUUCUGAGUGAGGUGUUGAGCACCAUACCUGCUUCUAGGAACACUGGUCUCUAGCAAGCUGAACAUCUGAGCAGCCACUCACAAGUACGUGGUGCUGUGCCAGUGCCACUGGGGGGAAAGCUUUCGAAGGUGACAGAUGUUUCGCCCUGGCUGUACCUUGGAAUCACCUGGGGAGCUUACAAGUGACUAAUGCCUGCCUCCUGACUUCACUGGCCUGGGGUGCAGCAUGGGCAUCUUAAGUUUUCAGAUGCUUCCCCGGCGAUUCAGGUGUGCAGCCAGGGCCGAGACCACCAUAUUGAAUGAAAUGACUAAUGGCCUGAAACUGCAUUAACCAGGGAAGGGUCUGGGGGAGUAGAGGAUAGUAAAUAGAAUACAACUAAGUGUCCCUAGAAAAGGCUCUACUGGCUCCAGAAUAUCAGUGAUGUGUUCAUUAUGGAUCAUUUAAUGUUUCCAAAGCUCUGGUUUUGAGUCUAGAUCAGAUGAUUGAAUAAAAUAUCAUUUUGCCUUAUGGUCCUCCUAUUUUAUACUCUACCGAGGUGCAGUAGUUUGGUCAGCUACUCAUAAUAACCAAAUAUAGUUUAGAUAAAUUUGCUUUUAAACCUCUGCCUGGAAGAUCACAUUCAUCUUGCCCUUCCUGAAGGUUUAACAGUUUCCAAAAUGUUUAGAGAGACUUUGUGGGGAAGGAAGAUGGAUGGCCUGAAGGAGACAGGCACCGUCCCUCUCCCCCGACCUUGUCCCCAGAGUCUUCCCCCAUGUUUUCACCCUCCUCACUGCUGCAGGCCUCUCAUGAAGCCCCCUGCACGUUAUCGCAGUCGCCCUAUAGGCUUCCCACAACCAUUUGCAGCUUGUGAAAAUGACUUUCUCAGCCCUCGCCUGAGAUAAUAUCCCUGGGAUAAUGACUUUUAGUAGAUGCAGAGAGAUUGCACUGGCACCCCCCAGGCUACAUGCAGCUUGGGAACUCUCCAGUGUGUUUAUAUGUUGAUAUGCAGCCAGUAAAGAAGCCCACAGCAAAGUGGGAGCCACUGGAAAAUAGUAAAACGAACGGCUUCAACUGGCUUUCCCCCCUAAUCUAAUCUACCUCAAUGACUUAAGACUAACUCUUCCUAGAAUGUUUGGUUACUAAGAUAAGGUUGCUCAUAUAAAUAAGUUAUCGUUCCAAACCCAGCCCCUCAUAGAAUGUGGGAAGGUCAGCAUUUUGACCCUGUCUGCUUUGAAGGGCUCUGUCUUUCCUCCUCUGAUCUCUCUCCUUCACUGAGACUGAGCCCCCUGACUUCUGACUCUCAUCUUCACUUAUAGGCCUUGACCUCUUUGAAGUCUGAUAUUGAUUACAGUGAAAUGUCAAUUGUCUGAUUGCAUAGGGCACCUGGAACUUAUUCAGAUAAGCAGAGGCAUUUUGAAUGUUAACGAAGCAUGUUGGGAGCCAUGACCUUCUUCUAAAUAAUGGUGUUUUGGGAAAAGGAGGAUCAGGCGAUUGAAGUGUCACUCUCUCUUUUUUAUUAGUUCAGUUGCCUUUUCUCACCAUAAGACACUGAUUGAAUCACAGUGCGUUUUGGACCAUGUAUCUCUGCCCUCUGGACAGAAGUUUUGGAUGUUGAGAUAGACGAGCUGUUCCAGGGGUGCCUGGUGUUGCUCAUUCAGACUAAACUUUUCAGGCCAUAAAUUUCCCGAGUCUGUAAGUGAAACUGCCGUUUCUCCAUGCAUUGGUUGAGUCUCUGGCCAAAAAGUAUUGUCUGAUUUUCAAACAUGCAAACAAGUAUAAAUGAACAUCCAAAGCAAGGCAUGUUCCCCCAAACUUGUUUUUUAUACCUCCUGAUGAAAGCCACUAACCUUUAUCUGGUUACUGAAUGAGAGGGCUUAUCAGCUUCAGACGCCUCAUUACCUUGUAUGCUUCUUCCCUGUGGGAGAGGGAUGGGGAAGAGGAUGCAGGGAGGGGUGCUGAGGAGGGAGGUAGCUUAGUAAUAAAAGGUGCACAUCCCCACUUGGGUGCUGCGAGAGAAUUAGGAUCUUUAUGAAAAGGUUCUGGGGAUUCUUUUCUCAAUUCUCCCAAGAACAGACCACUCUAGAUAUGAGGGAGAGCAGUAAAUCAUCACAUAUACUGGAGGUGGUAGGACUUCAUUUCUCUUGAGGAACCUUAUUGAGAAGUACAGGUGAAGUUCAAGGAGUCAGGGCCCACUGUGUCUUUACUGUGCAGUGUGGGAAGAGGGGCAGUUACAGACAUCAAACAGAGUGGGAGAUUCCCCUCUUGAUUUCCAGAGGCCCCACUUUUGUUCUUUUUAUGCAAGUCAGGUCAGCGCCCAAAACAAAGCAAACAAACAGGCCUUAUUUUGAAGCAACUUUGUAACGACCUCUUCAUUUGCUCCGCUACCCAAGCUGAGGCUCCUUGGUGUCCCACAUUUAGUGCGUGAAAUUGCCCAGAAUACAGACCAUGAGCGAUGCCUUUCAUCUAACCACAGUAGCUCAUGCUAGUAUUCAGUAGUUCCUCACCCACUCCAUCACAACUUCGGUGGUUCUAAAUCUUUUUUAGGUCAAGUCUUUAGGAGAUGAUAACUUCACCAGCAAUAUCACUUGUUUGGUGAGCCCCAACUAACAACCCCUGUCAGCAUCUCUGGUUUACCCAGACUACGUCAGCACCUGGCUCCUCUUUAUGGAACUAGGAUUAUAGGCAGAUGCUGUGUUUUAUGGAGCCUUAGUGGUCUCAGAUUACAAACAAACAAAAUCUCAAAACUAGGAUUUUAAUAAACAAACAAUCUUCUCAUUACUAGGAUUUUACAAACUCUGUCAUCAGCAGCUUGGGUAGUAAUUACUCAUUCCUGGGCCACAGGGAGAGCAUCCCACAUGGUUCUGUGCAUGUAACAAA